CGACAUAUAACUCUUUUUGUUGAACUCGCCAAUUGUGUCUAUAAUUUUGUCACUGAGGCCUUCACCCCCCGGUUAUCGCAACAACUAGGCCCACAUCUCCAGCCAUUCAGUGCCAUGUCCCACUCAACGGCGGGGCACAGCACAGCCGCAGUUCAAGCCUCACCUCCAUUCGAGCUGGGAGCUUUACAAGGCACGUAACGUAAUCCUCUCCUAACGACCACCAUCAUCGCCGCACAUUGCAAUUCCUCACACGCGGCAGUUGUUUCCUCCUCUUCUCCAUCUUCUCUCUUGCAGCUGUGCGCUUCACCACGCACUCUCGCCCAUCAUGGCUAACCAAACUCCCGCCGUUGUCAUGGACAAGUACGUCUCACUUAUCCCAGCCCCCGCACUGACGACGACAGCUAACCUCAGCUCACAGCGGCACGGGUUUCUCCAAGCUAGGUCUGUAACGACGGAAUACGCCUCUGAGGCUAUCAUGUACUCUUGAGCUUCAUGCUGAUGCUCCAAUCUAGGUUUCGCCGGUAACGAUUCUCCCUCAUUCGUCUUCCCGACCGCGAUUGCGACAAAGGGGCCAACUGGCGGAGCUGGUGGUUCUGGUUCUGGACGACCGGCUGUUGCGAACAAGCCAUCUUUUCUUACGGGAGGUGCUGGAGCUGGAGGCCAUCUGAGCGGAAAGCGAGGUACCGAGGAUCUCGACUUCUUUAUUGGCGAUGAGGCGAUAGCAGCUUCUGGAGGACCUGGUAGGCAGCCAUAUGAGCUCCAAUUCGUUGAAUUCAGCUGACAAGUUUAGGAUAUGGUCUUCAUUAUCCGAUCCGACACGGUCAAAUAGAGAAUUGGGUAUGCUUGCCGACGAAUCCGACAUGACCUAUAAUUGACCGCCUUUAGGACCACAUGGAACGAUUCUGGUCAAACUCCAUCUUCAAGUAUCUACGCGUCGAGCCUGAGGACCAUUACUUCCUCCUUACCGAGCCCCCUCUGAACCCGCCCGAGAACCGUGAGAAUACCGCCGAGAUCUUCUUCGAGUCCUUCAACUGCGCUGGAAUGUACAUUGCCGUCCAGGCCGUUCUUGCUCUUGCUGCUUCUUGGACAUCUUCAAAGGUCCAGGAUCGUUCUUUGACUGGUACGGUCAUUGAUUCCGGUGAUGGUGUUACCCACGUCAUUCCUGUUGCCGAGGGUUAUGUCAUUGGAUCUUCUAUCAAGUCAAUUCCCAUUGCCGGUCGAGAUAUCACCUACUUCGUUCAGUCCCUUCUACGAGACCGAGGCGAGCCCGAUUCUUCGCUCAAGACGGCUCAGGAAAUCAAGGAGGAGUACUGUUACGUGUGUCCCGAUAUUGUCAAGGAGUUCAGCAAGUAUGACCGGGAUCGCACUCGAUUCGCUCAGCACGUUGUUUCGCACCCCAAUGGCCGACAGGUUACCGUUGAUGUCGGUUACGAGCGCUUCCUCGCCCCCGAGAUCUUCUUCAACCCCGAGAUUUACAGCUCCGACUUCUUGACUCCUCUGCCCGUGGUUGUCGACGGUGUCAUUCAGCAAUCGCCUAUCGACGUCCGACGAGGUCUUUACAAGAACAUUGUUCUUUCUGGUGGAAGCACAUUGUACAAGGAUUUCGGUCGCCGAUUACAGCGAGACAUUAAGCAGCUUGUAGAUGCCAGAAUUCGAGCCAGCGAGGUCCGCAGUGGUGGUGCUCGUAGUGGUGGUCUGGACGUGUCCGUUAUCACUCAUAAGCGACAGCGACACGGUCCUUGGUUCGGAGGCAGUCUCCUUGGUCAAACCCCUGAGUUCCGAUCAUACUGCCAUACCAAGGCCGAGUACCAAGAAUAUGGACCCAGCAUUGUGCGAAGAUUUGCUCUGCUUGGUGGACCCGGUGGCUCUUGAUUUACGAUAUAGACGAUCAAGAAUCACUCUUCAAUUGACUCCCCGGAUCAACAGCAAGCUUCCUAGAAAGAGAUAUUCUUGGAGUACGCAGGAGAGAAUAGUGGGCGUCUACUGUGGAGUGCAAUGAAGAGGCGCUCAUGGCGCAAAAAUCUCAAUUGACAAUUAUGCCUAAAGCGAAGCAACUACGAGUGGGAGACAAGAGAUGGCGAGACGAGAAGAGACGAGAUGGCGGCACGUGUUGAAGAGUUACAUUAGUCGUUUUAAAAUUCAUAUUUCCAAAAACAUAACUCUUUUCCCCGCUCUGAUACGUACCAACGUUAUACUCUAAUCGUUGAAUGUAUGAUGCGUUGAACUCCGGCAUGCCGGGAAGUCAAAUAUAGGCGUCGUCCAGUCUCUCAUAUCAUAAUUCACAAAUUCAAUUAUUCCCUGCCA